AUCUCUGAGCUGGGGCUGGAGACUUGGUCUGGUCGCAUGCACAAAUGCCAGGUUCCACUCCCCAUUGAUCGCAGCGUGCUUAUGCACGCAACUUAUCCUUGGCCUUGCUGUAUGCAAGCACGGUGACACCAUCCCUGUCUCGGCGUUUCAGUCGCGCUGCCGCUGGGAUACCGUAACAGUCUACAACGACGUGGUCAGACCUUGCUCAGCUUCGGCGGCACCAGUGAAGUUGAUGGAUGGCUACGGACGGUGCAUACGGGGGCUGAUUGAGACGAUCAAAAGCCCUUGGCUGAAAACCAGGCGAUGCAGAGGCUGCUUCGUCAUUGACGCUGACAAGUGGCCUGUGCAGCGCCAAUGAGUCGCGUCUGGGGGCCUCUGCAUGUAAUUCUGACUGCGCAAUCCAGCGUCGUCGACAUAUGGGCCAACCACCGCCGGAGGGUGUACAUCCAAAGGGGGAGUUACGAGCACGCGACGCGGACAGGCAAAAAGUUUCCCGAAGUGAGCCCACGAGAAUCCGAGUGGAGCCGUUCUGGUCGAGAAUGGCCACUUUCCGUCUGCUUUUGGCUUCGUAUGGCAUAUGCCUCCUCUUUCGGCAUCCCUAAAAACCCUCGCAAGCGUCCUCCCCACUCGCCCUCGCUUCGCCCCCCACUCCCUCCCGUCGCUUUGCGAUGGACGACGUUCAUCGCGUCCUUGGCGUCACUACCCAAAAAUCAGAACAGGAGCUAUACGCUCACGUUGCUGCGCACGGAGAAAU